AUGUUGACAUUGCGUAGAUCGCAAGGAUAUGGCAGUCUGAUGAUUUGGAUCAGAAAGAUCCGCAAUGGCCUCCAUUACCAAGACCAUUACACCCCAUCUGACGGCUCCUGCCAGUCCAACUGGACCGAAAGUGCAAUUACUGUUGGGGGCGGAUAUAUCUGGCGAGACGUGUACGCAUUUUCAGCUAAGCAUGGUCGAAUUGUCGUUGGCGGUGAUGACCGCACUGUCGGUUCCAUAGGAGGGUAUCUCCAGGGUGGUGGCCACGGACCUGCAAGCCACACCUUCGGUCUGGCAACAGACCAAGUCCUCGAAUACCAGGUUGUCCUUGCAUCCGGCGAGUUAGUUACCGCCAAUGUGUGCCAGAAUAUAGAUCUAUUUACCGCUCUACGCGGCGGAGGGGGAGGCACAUUCGGUGUUGUUGUGUCUGCGACGAUUAAGGCAUACAAGACGCGUCCGGUUCUCGUGCACCAGGCUGAGAUUGUCCCGCUGAACACAGGUGGUAAUGGCAAGAAUGCCCUCUUGAAUGUCACUGCGGAGCUCUUGGCGCGAUUUCCUACGCUCUUGGAUGCUGGGUUUGCGGGGUAUGUCAAGUUGGUGCAAGCGGGCGAGCAGCGGGUUUAUCAGCAUGUCCUUGUUAACCUGCUAGAAAGCAAUACGUCUGCUGCGGUUCAACAUGCCACGCACAUAAUGCAGAAGCAGGCUUUUGAGGACUUGCUACUUCCAUUAAAUGGCACCUCGAUAUUCGUCAAAUCGAGCUUCCAGUUCGCUCCCACUUUCGCGGACUACACGACAGGCGUUGGGAAUAAGCAGGAUGAAGCCGGGUCGGGCCUCAUCAUGGCGUCCCGAUUUUUCGAUAAGAAGUCUUUGCAUAAUCAACAGGAGAGUCUGCUGGAUAUGCUUCAUAUCAUGUUCUCACAGAACGGCACAGGCGCGACUCCCUCAGCCUCAAUGCUCGACCUGGGGCUUAUUGGCGGUGGUAAAGUGCUCGAAUCGGCACCGCAUACCUCUGUUAACCCAGCAUGGCGAAAGACGUACGGCCUUGUGAGGUACAUAGACAUUUGGCCAGAUAAUGCGGACCUCCGCGAAAUCCAGCAGAUCAAGGAUGGGGUUACCUUCAAGAAGCUGGAUGCCAUGAAGGCGUUGACACCGGGUAUGGGAGCAUAUCUAAACGAGGCUGAUGGUGAUAACCCGGAGUGGAAGGAAGAUUGGUUUGGGAGCAAGUAUGACUGGCUCGAGUCUGUUAAAGACAAGUAUGACCCAGAAGGGGUGUUUUGGUGUUGGCGAUGCGUUGGGAGUGAGGGCUGGGAAGAGGUGAAGGGCGGGACAGUGUAUGGGCCGCUAUGUAAAGUAUAG